AUGAAGCUCUUUUCGCCCCUACUGGCUUUGGUAGGGCUAUCCUCCCUAAUCUCCGCCCUUUCGGUUACCUCGGUGAAGAACUGGAAUAUCACAGAUGAUGUGCAGGGGUCGGUGCGUCUCAAUGGUCUUGCUUUCCAACAACACGCCUUGACGACGUUUGGAGACUACCAAUAUGUAGCCUUCUACAAGACAGCCUCUGGAUACGGCAAGCAUUAUGUCAAUCUUGGACGGCGAAGAAUUUCGCCUUCGCUUGGCGACUGGCAGUACUUUGCCUUCAGCGACUACGAACAGACGACACUCGAUGAGCACAACACCAUCUCCAUGGGCAUCAGUGGCGAUGGAAAAAUACACCUAAGCUUUGACCACCAUGAUGUUCCGCUCAACUACCGUGUGAGCAACGCUGGUAUCGCCAAGACUGUUCCCUCUGCAUGGACGCCAAGUGCUUUCGGGGCUGUUCAGCACAGUUUGCCAGGUUCCACUGGUCCAUGGACGCCGCUGACUUACCCUCGCUUCGAGUCUAUCGAUGGUGGCGACCUCUUGAUGGAAUUCCGGAUAGGGCAAUCUGGUGCGGGAGACUCAUAUAUCCACCGCUACUCUGCCACUACUGGGAAGUGGACCGCCGUCGGAAAGUAUUUGCAGGGCGAGGACAAUAACGCUUACGUUAAUGGUAUCAACAACGAAGGAGGAAAGUUGUUCGUUUCAUGGACUGUCCGGGAAACCCCUGAUGCCAGCACAAACCACGACUUUUUCUUUGCCUUCUCAGAGGAUGCUGGCAAAUCUUGGAAGCAAACCAACGGCCAAGCAGUCGCAGUUCCCAUUAAACCUUCAACACCUGGAGUCAAGGUCUACUCGAUCCCGCAGAACAGCCAAAUCAUCAACCAGGAAGCGCAGUUCGUAGACCGUCAAGGUCGUUUCCACGCAUUGAUGCGCGACAACUCAACUGGCACACCGCAGUUUUACCAUUACCUGCGAACAACAGAUGGCAAAUUUACCAAGACUGCCAUCAACGCACCGGGCCUUUCUGCGCCACCGUACCUUGCCUACCGCGGCAAGAUUGUUGCUACUGGCGAUAGUGUAAUUGCAAUUCUCCCGGACCAGCCAAAGAUGACAAUUCAGCUCUGGGCCGCGACUGCAGGCGCAAGCUACAAAGACUGGAAGAAGAUAGCAGACAUUCCCAACUCUGCUGGCGAACCUUUAGUUGACGAGGCUAGGGUCAAAAACUUUAAUAUUUUAAGCUUAUUCGUGAGGCAGGGUGGACCUUUUCCGGACCGAAAGGUCCAAGUCUGGGAUUUUGGUCUUUCCGCUUGA